AUGUCUGGCGACACGACCUUCCUGUUCACCUCUGAGUCGGUCAAUGAGGGCCACCCCGACAAGCUGUGCGACCAGGUGUCUGAUGCCGUGCUGGACGCCUGCCUGGAGCAGGACCCCGAGUCCAAGGUGGCCUGCGAGACCGCCACCAAGACCAACAUGGUGAUGGUGUUUGGCGAGAUCACGACCCGCGCUAAGGUGGACUACGAGGCGGUGGUACGCAAGACGUGCCGCGACAUUGGCUUCAUCUCCGACGACGUCGGCCUGGACGCCGACAAGUGCAAGGUGCUGGUGCACCUGGAGGAGCAGAGCCCCGACAUUGGGCAGGGCGUGCACGGCAUGGGCACCAAGACGCUCGAGGAGAUUGGCGCCGGCGACCAGGGCCACAUGUUUGGCUACGCCACCGACGAGACCCCCGAGCUCAUGCCCCUGACCCACGUGCUGGCCACCCAGCUGGGCUACAAGCUGACCGAGGUGCGCAAGAACGGGGUGUGCCCCUGGCUGCGCCCCGACGGCAAGACCCAGGUGACUGUGGAGUACAAGAAGGACGGCGGCGCGGUGGUGCCCCUGCGCGUCCACACCAUCCUCAUCUCCACCCAGCACUCCCCAGACGUGUCCAACGACAAGAUCAAGGAGGACCUCAUGGAGCACGUCAUCAAGCCGGUGGUGCCCGCCAAGUACUUGGAUGACAAGACCAUCUUCCACCUCAACCCCUCUGGCCGCUUUGUGAUCGGCGGCCCGCACGGCGACGCCGGCCUGACCGGCCGCAAGAUCAUCAUCGACACCUACGGCGGCUGGGGCGCGCACGGCGGCGGCGCCUUCUCCGGCAAGGACCCCACCAAGGUGGACCGCUCCGGCGCCUACAUUGCGCGCCAGGCAGCCAAGUCUGUGGUGGCAGCGGGCCUGGCGCGGCGCUGCCUGGUGCAGGUGUCGUACGCCAUUGGCGUGCCCGAGCCACUGUCUGUGUUUGUGGACACCUAUGGCACUGGCACCAUCUCCGACAGCGAAAUCCUGGCCAAGGUCAAGGCCACUUUUGACUUCCGCCCCGGCAUGAUGGGCAAGGCCCUGGACCUCAAGCGCGGCGGCGACCGUUACAUCCACACAGCUGCCUACGGCCACUUUGGCCGCAACGACAAGCCCGAGGUCUUCACCUGGGAGAAGGUGCUGCCCCUCAAGGAUGCAUGA